GCCGCGGCCUGCACGCUUCCCCCCCUCUCCCUCCCUCCUGCGGUGCCGCGAGUGAUCAGCUGGUCUGCGCUUCCCUGACGUGGGCCGGGGCACGUCACCGCCGAAUGGCAGCCUCCAGAAAGGCACCGCGAGUAAGGACCCAUCACCAGGACUUUCAGCUGAAAAAUUUAAGAAUAAUUGAACCUAACGAGGUGACACACUCAGGAGACGCAGGUGUGGAAACAGGUGGCAGAAUGGCUCCAAAGGUAACUUCAGAACUGCUUCGACAGCUGAGACAAGCCAUGAGGAACUCUGAGUAUGUUACAGAACCCAUCCAGGCCUACAUCAUCCCAUCUGGAGAUGCUCACCAGAGUGAAUACAUUGCACCCUGUGACUGUCGCCGGGCCUUCGUCUCUGGAUUCGAUGGCUCUGCGGGCACAGCCAUCAUCACAGAAGACCAUGCGGCCAUGUGGACGGACGGGCGCUACUUUCUCCAGGCUGCCAAGCAGAUGGACAGCAACUGGACACUCAUGAAGAUGGGUCUGAAGGACACACCAACUCAGGAAGACUGGCUGGUGAGUGUGCUUCCAGAAGGAUCCAGGGUUGGUGUGGACCCAUUGAUCAUCCCUACAGAUUACUGGAAGAAGAUGGCCAAGGUUCUGAGAAGUGCUGGCCACCACCUCAUUCCUGUCAAAGAGAACCUUGUGGACAAGAUCUGGACAGACCGUCCUGAGCGCCCGUGCAAGCCCCUUCUCACACUGGGCCUGGACUACACAGGCAUCUCCUGGAAGGAAAAGGUUGCAGACCUUCGGCUGAAAAUGGCUGAGAGGAACAUCGUGUGGUUUGUGGUCACUGCUCUGGAUGAGAUUGCAUGGCUGUUCAAUCUCCGAGGAUCAGAUGUGGAGCACAAUCCGGUAUUUUUCUCCUAUGCAAUCGUAGGACUAGAGACCAUCAUGCUCUUCAUUGAUGGUGAGCGCAUCGAUGCCCCCAGUGUAAAGGAGCACCUGCUGCUUGACCUGGGCCUGGAAGCCGAGUUCAGAAUCCAGGUGCUUCCCUACAAGUCUGUCUUGAGCGAGCUCAAGACCCUGUGUGCUGACCUUUCCCCGAGGGAGAAGGUGUGGGUCAGCGACAAGGCCAGCUACGCUGUGAGCGAGGCCAUCCCCAAGGAUCAUCGCUGCUGUAUGCCUUAUACCCCCAUCUGCAUUGCCAAAGCUGUGAAGAAUUCUGCUGAGUCAGAAGGCAUGAGACGAGCUCACAUUAAAGAUGCUGUUGCCCUCUGUGAGCUCUUUAACUGGUUGGAGAAAGAGGUUGCCAAAGGGGGUGUGACGGAGAUCUCAGUUGCUGACAAAGCUGAGGAGUUUCGCAGGCAGCAGGCUGACUUCGUGGACCUGAGCUUCCCGACCAUUUCCAGUACGGGACCCAAUGGCGCCAUCAUUCACUACGCGCCUGUCCCUGAGACGAACAGGACCUUGUCGCUAGAUGAGGUGUACCUCAUUGAUUCCGGGGCUCAGUACAAGGAUGGAACCACCGACGUGACCCGCACCAUGCAUUUUGGGACACCCACAGCCUACGAGAAGGAAUGCUUCACGUAUGUCCUCAAGGGCCACAUAGCUGUGAGCGCGGCCGUUUUCCCGGCUGGAACCAAAGGCCACCUUCUCGACUCCUUUGCCCGCUCAGCUUUAUGGGACUCCGGCCUGGAUUACCUGCAUGGAACGGGCCACGGUGUCGGGUCUUUUCUGAACGUUCACGAGGGUCCUUGUGGCAUCAGUUAUAAAACGUUCUCCGAUGAGCCCUUGGAGGCGGGCAUGGUAGUCACUGAUGAGCCAGGGUAUUAUGAAGAUGGGGCUUUUGGAAUUCGCAUUGAGAAUGUUGUCCUGGUGGUUCCUGUGAAGACCAAGUACAACUUCAAUAACCGGGGAAGCCUCACCUUCGAACCUCUAACUCUGGUUCCAAUUCAGACCAAAAUGAUAGAUGUGGAUUCUCUUACGGACAAAGAGUGCGAUUGGCUCAACAAUUACCACCAGACCUGCAGGGACGUGAUCGGGAAGGAGCUGCAGAAACAGGGCCGCCAGGAGGCUCUCGAGUGGCUCAUCAGAGAGACGCAGCCUGUGUCCAAGCAGCGUUAACACCUCCAGGGGUUGUGAUCGGAAAUGCUCUGGGGGAAGAAGACACUGCCGGCCAGACAGCUUCCCUGUCCCUCUCUCCUCCCCUCCCUUUUCACUUUUAGACUCUUGAGGAGAGCUGAAAAUCAUAUCCUCUUUGAUAUUUUCUUGCAAACACUUGAUCUUUUAUGAUUUUUUAAAUUGUUGAGUGCGAGCCGAGCCAAGAAUCAAACUGCUGCGCCAGAGGAGGGGCCCCAAAGACGGGCAUGCUCGCCAGGGUGACGCCUGAGCGGCUGCUGCGAGCCCUCACCGUGGCCGCGGACCAGAGUGCUCGUGUGCCAGGGCCCAGGUGCUAGUCCGUCGCUCGUGGUCCCCUCACUGCUCACGAGGCUGUAUUUAUGAUCAUCGAAUAAAACGUCAAAACGCUU